CCCACCCGGGAGGUCGGAGGGCAGCGAGGGUGAGGCGGUGGCAGGGUUCUGUCACGCUCACUCCCUGCUGCUUUUCCCGUCUCCGACCUCCUAGCAUCUCCUCCCUUAUCCCCAGUUGGGUUUUGGAGGCGAUUCCCCUUUAGUGACUGAGCCGACUACAUCUGGACGAUCGGCGCUUUGCCUCUCGCACGUCUUUGUCUCCUCCUUCUGCUAAGCUCCCGGGCCCGGCGUAGGGUCUGCAGCAGCCGCCGCAGCAGCUGGAGCCAAACCGUGCCCUGCACCGGCGCCCGGGGCCGCGCCCGCGCUGGGUGGAGGCGCGGGAGGACGCCAGCGGAGCCACUCACCGCCCGCCCCGCGUCCCGCGCUCCAGCCGCGGCGCAGCAACGCCGCCGCCGCGGCCGAGAAAUCACACCGCCCAGCACGCCGGGUCCGGGGUGGGCAGCCGGGCUAGCAGCCGGGUGCAGAUAGCGGCCGCCGCAGCUCUGGCAGCGCGCACACCCCCAGGCACACGCACCCAACGCCUCCUCCCUGCGCCACGAGGAUGGAGCAACCACCCCGGCCCGGGACUGGCGCAAGGUGCCCAGCACUGACUAUGAACAUGUGAAAAGAGGUUCGAUAAACCAAGCACAAGAAAAUGUUCAAGAGCCUCGAACAAAGCCUGGUUAGUUUUUCCAGAGAUACCGGAAUUGGCUUCAUGGAGCCAGGGGCAUUUGAACUGAAUCCUGAAAGAUUGCUUACCUAUACCCAUCAAACUGGCACGACGGAUAGAGGCGUCCCAGGAGGAAGGAAGUCAUGUACCCAAGCAAGGACAGGAAUAAUGAAGAGACACAUGUGUUAGUUGCAACCUUUUGAACCACCCAAGAAGGAAAUCAACGGCGUGGACAGGGCUGGAACCAUUGCUAUGCUUGGUUGUUGGAGUCAAUGAGGAAUGGGCUUGUGAUUAUGCUGACAUUCCAGCAUGAAUCUGGUAGACCUGUGGUUAACCCGCUCCCUCUCCAUGUGUCUCCUCCUACAAAGUUUUGUUCUUAUGAUACUGUGCUUUCAUUCUGCCAGUAUGUGUCCCAAGGGCUGUCUUUGUUCUUCCUCGGGGGGUUUAAAUGUCACCUGCAGCAAUGCAAAUCUCAAGGAAAUACCUAGAGAUCUUCCUCCUGAAACAGUCUUACUGUAUCUGGACUCGAAUCAGAUCACAUCUAUCCCCAACGAGAUUUUUAAGGACCUCCAUCAACUAAGAGUUCUCAACCUGUCCAAAAAUGGCAUUGAGUUUAUUGAUGAGCAUGCCUUCAAAGGAGUAGCUGAAACUUUGCAGACUCUGGACUUGUCCGACAACCGGAUUCAAAGCGUGCACAAAAAUGCCUUCAAUAACCUGAAGGCCAGGGCCAGAAUUGCCAACAACCCCUGGCACUGCGACUGUACUCUACAGCAAGUUCUGAGGAGCAUGGCGUCCAAUCACGAGACAGCCCACAAUGUGAUCUGUAAGACUUCUGUGUUGGAUGAGCAUGCCGGGAGACCAUUCCUCAAUGCUGCCAAUGAUGCUGACCUUUGUAACCUCCCUAAAAAAACUACCGACUAUGCCAUGCUAGUCACCAUGUUUGGCUGGUUCACCAUGGUGAUCUCCUAUGUGGUGUAUUACGUGAGGCAGAAUCAGGAGGAUGCCCGGAGACACCUUGAAUACUUGAAAUCCCUGCCGAGCAGGCAAAAGAAAGCAGAUGAACCCGACGACAUUAGCACUGUGGUGUAGUGUCCGAACUGACUGGCGCGGAGGAAGACAUUUGUUUGCGGUUGCAGUAGAAUAAGUGGUUUACUUCUCCCAUCCAUUGUAAACAUUUAAAACUUUGUAUCUCAGUUUCUUUUGAGUUAUGCCACUGUUGAACUUUUAACAGACAUGACAACAUAACAAAUAAUUUUAGUUUAGGUGAUCCACCCCUUAAUUGUACCCCCGGUGGUAUAUUCCUGAGUAAGCUACUAUCUGAAUAUUAGUUAGCUCCAUCUCACUAUUUAAUAAUGAAAUUUAUUUUUUUAAUUUAAAACCAAAUAAAAGCUUAACUUUGAACCAUGGAAAA